AUGGAUCGGAUUCCGACUUUGGGCACACUUAGGAAGAGGAAUAUUAUGGUAGGUGAUGGGGGUUGUUACUUGUGUGGUGAAGCGGACGAAAACACGGAUCAUAUUUUUACGGCUUGCAGAAUUUCGAAUGGGGUGUGGGCCGGUGUGGCUUCGUGGUGCAGGUUACCUUCUUUCUUCCUGUUUUCGAUCGAUGAUAUCCAAGGUUACGUAACUCAGAUGAACAACUCCAAGACAAAGAAAGAAAUAGUAUAUGGGGUGCUUAUUUUGACGGCUUGGCGUAUUUGGAAAGCCCGAAAUGAGAAGGCUUUUGCUAGUAUUGACGCGAAUGUGGUUCAUAUUAUGUCUGACGUGAAGGCGUUGGGGUAUCUUUGGUAUAGGAGUCGAUUUAAAGAUUGUACGUUAGAUUGGAAAGGGUUGUGCAAUUUCUUGAUUGAUAUGAUGUAA